AUGGCCCCGGUGGCAGUGUUCGCCUUGAGCAUGCUGUGCAUCUUCCAGAUGCCAGCCGAGGUCGGAGAUGAGCUGGGUGUGGCUAUGCGCUGGUGCAUGCAGCAGCUGAUCCAGGAAAUGGCUCAGCUGCUUGAAGAGAUGGAGCAGAGCCCUCAGGAUCCGAGCAGAGUGGCCAGGGGAGCCCUGUUCUUCACUGCCUCGCAGCAGUGGCAGUUCUGGGCCUUUGCUGGAGGCCUGGUCCUGCUCUUUUGGCUCUGCUGGCAGCUCUGGAAAAGGAGCUGUGAGCCAGGAAGCAGCAGCGAGCAUGGCAGCUCCAGAAGCCUUGAGGAGGAAGAGGAUGAGAAAGAAGGGGAAGACCCAUUACAUAUGGACAGGUUUCUGAACGAAUACCUGACGUGGCCGCUGCCAAACAGGGAAAGAAUAUGCACGGUGGUGGAAGAGCUGGUGAACGACCUUCUCUGUGUCUGCCGAACCCUCUCUGGCAAUGACUUCAUGCCGCGGCUGCAGCCAGCUGUUGGGCUGGGCGGCUUCCAAGAAGGCCAGAGUGCCUAUGAAGAAGACCUUGUCUAUCGCCUGAUUGUGCCCCUGAAGCCACCCCCCGGGCACUCCUUCCACCUCGAGCUGGGCACCGAAGGGGAGAUGCUGGUGAGGAACUCCUGCCUGCGCGUGGAACUGGAGUGCAUGUGCACAAAGGAGCACUGGCUGGGGGACAUGCUCUGCUUCCUCCACCAGCCUGAGGACGAGCUGAUGAGCAGUCAGGAAGCCAGCCUCCUAGAAAUCCUCUGCACCGGCUCGUACCUUGAUGUGGAGAAAACUGCCUUCUGGCUCCAGGAGCUGAUGACGGCAGCCUGCGUUGCUGUGCCUCAGGCAGCCACAAGCAACCUAACGGUGCUGCCCUCCACACGCUUCUGCAAGCUCAAGCUGACCAACGUCUGCGAGACACCCCUCUUCAUUGAGCUGAUCUUGGCGGUGCAGCAAGGCAGCUCGGACACAUUUGUGAGCAUGGACAUCGAGAAGGCAGAGCCUGGUGCUACCAGCAGCACGAGGUGGCUGGAGAGCUGCGCUGUGGCAGAGGUGCGGUUCUUGAGGGACAUGGACAGGCACAUCCCUCACAAUGGCUUCCACAUCAAAUGCCUGCAGCUCUGCAUCUGGAUCCUGGUGGGCACAGGCUUUUCCACCCUUAUGACGGGCCGCCAACUGGAUUUCACUCCAUUCACCACAACUCUCUGGGCCCGGCCAGCGUGCCAGGUUUUUUUUGUGCCAGUUUUUAACCCAGUAAAGAAUAUGCCCAUCCAAGCCAUGAACAGCCAGUUUCUCUAG